UAAGGCGCAAUUCUGUUAAGUGUUCUGUUAAAUAAGCAGUGAAGUUGGGCGCAGCGAGCAAUUUGUUUAGUCAUUCAAAAUACGGCCACACUCGUCAAUAAAAUUGCCAGAAAACACAAGCGUUGGCGAAAGACACAAAAUUUAGUUAAUAAUUCGCUAUUAAAGAACUAAAACAAGAUGCCGGACUAUCUGGGAGAUGAUCAGCGCAAAGUUAAGCAUGACGAGAAGGAGGAAAAAGAGAUUAAGUCUCUAGACGAAGGCGACAUCGAACUUCUUAAAACGUACGGCCAGAGCCAGUACCACAAGUCCAUAAAGAACAUCGAGGAGGACAUACAAAAGGCCGUUAAGCAAGUAAACGAGCUAACAGGCAUCAAGGAGAGCGACACGGGCUUGGCACCGCCAGCCCUGUGGGAUUUGGCUGCCGACAAGCAAAUACUGCAGAAUGAGCAACCGCUGCAGGUGGCGCGUUGCACAAAGAUUAUCAACGCAGACUCCGAUGAUCCCAAGUAUAUUAUCAAUGUGAAACAGUUUGCCAAAUUUGUGGUGGAUCUGGCCGAUUCUGUCGCCCCCACAGAUAUUGAAGAGGGCAUGCGAGUGGGCGUUGAUCGCAAUAAGUAUCAGAUUCACAUACCGCUGCCACCCAAAAUUGAUCCCACUGUCACGAUGAUGCAAGUCGAGGACAAACCAGAUGUUACCUACAGCGAUGUGGGUGGCUGCAAGGAGCAGAUUGAGAAGUUGCGCGAGGUGGUAGAGACACCGCUGCUGCAUCCCGAGAAGUUUGUUAAUCUCGGCAUUGAGCCGCCCAAGGGCGUGCUCCUGUUUGGUCCGCCCGGUACGGGAAAGACAUUGUGUGCUCGUGCGGUGGCCAAUCGCACAGAUGCCUGCUUUAUUCGUGUCAUCGGCUCGGAGCUGGUGCAGAAGUACGUGGGCGAGGGUGCACGCAUGGUGCGUGAACUAUUCGAGAUGGCCCGCUCCAAGAAGGCCUGUCUGAUAUUCUUCGAUGAAAUCGAUGCCAUUGGCGGUGCACGCUUUGAUGACGGCGCUGGCGGCGACAACGAGGUGCAGCGUACUAUGCUGGAGCUGAUCAAUCAGCUAGAUGGCUUCGAUCCGCGUGGCAACAUUAAGGUGCUGAUGGCCACCAAUCGACCUGACACAUUGGAUCCUGCGCUUAUGCGUCCCGGUCGCUUGGACCGUAAGGUGGAGUUCGGACUGCCCGAUCAGGAUGGCCGUUCGCACAUCUUUAAAAUACACGCCCGCUCAAUGUCCGUGGAGCGAGACAUUCGCUUCGAUCUGUUAGCACGUCUGUGUCCCAACUCGACAGGCGCUGAGAUACGCUCCGUAUGCACUGAGGCAGGCAUGUUUGCCAUACGUGCACGCCGCAAGGUGGCCACCGAGAAGGACUUCCUCGAGGCGGUCAACAAGGUUAUCAAGAGCUACGCCAAGUUCAGCGCCACUCCUCGCUAUAUGACCUACAAUUAAGCUACGUUUUAUACUUCAUUUCUUUAUUUUGCUGCGCUGUGAGCCUCCAAUUCAAACUGUAACUGCUGCAGCUGGGCUUUAAGUAAAUAAAAGAUCCAAAAUAUAUAGUAUUCACCA